UUAAUAUCCUCUAUAUUCAAUAAUUACUAAUAUUCUUUAUAUACAUUAUAAUAUAAUAAAUUUAAAACAUUAAAACACUAAUAAAAUAAUCUUACUCUAAUUUUAAUACAGUUACAUUGUUUAUUUCCUAGAAGUAAUUAUCUUGCAACAUUAACUCACUAAUGUUUUAUGUACAUAAUUAAUUGUUUAUACAUGUUAUCUGUGUCUGAUAUCUUAUCAACGUUUGGCUGUUUUUAUAUAACAUAUAAUAAUAGAUUGAAAAAAGAAUUUGAGGACAGGUUUGUAAUAAUGGCAACAAGUCAGGCCAAAAAAAUUGUCAAUUUGUACAAAACAUUAGCACGAAAUCCUUCUUUAACUGAUGCAAAGAUUUUUGGGAUAAGUGAAAAUGAAGUAUCGAUUAUAAGCGCAUGGUCCCAAAGAAAUUUAGAGAGAAAGACAAAUCAAAAAUUUUUCCAAACUUACAUUUUAGAUUCAAAGUUACAAGUACAAUUUCAAAGCUUCCCCUUUGAUACUACAACAGAACUUCUAUCUAAUUUCUCUGAGGAUAGACAAUGUAAAGCGAUAUUAAGGCAGGUUACAAUUGAGAAUACUACAAAACAGUUUAUUGAAAUCUGGAGUAGACAGGGGCUUGUGAAAAGUUAUGAUCUAUCUGCUUUGGAUAUGCAUGGAGAUGUAUACGCAGAUUCUGAGUUUUCUUCUUUUCAAUGGUCUCCAGAUAAAACAAAAAUAUUAUAUAUUGCUGAAAAAAAGCAAUCAGAAUCUGAACCAUUUUAUAAGCAGAAACGUAUGAAUAAAGAAGAUAAAAAUAAAAAAGAUGAGAAUGAAGUAACAGUGGGUAAUGAAUAUAUUUACAAGCCUCAUUGGGGAGAACAAUUGGUAGGUAAACACCAUCCAGUUGUUGCUGUCCUUGAUACGACAACAGACACAAUUUCAACUCUCUCAGGUAUACCAAAUGAUCUCUCACCUGCUCAAGUACUAUGGACUGCAGAUAGUCAAGGUGUUGUUGGUGUAGCAUGGAAACAUGAGCCAAGACAUUUAGGUCUUAUUGCUUGUACUAAUAGACUCUCUUGGAUAUUUUUAUUAAAAGAUGGAGAGUACAAAAAGCUCUCAAGCGAUGGAUGUGCUGUCCAUAGCCCAAGAUUUAGUCCUGAUAAAAAAUAUCUUAUCUGGUUAGAAAGAGAAGCAGGUGGUCCACAUCAUAAUACUCACAGACUUAUGCAUCUUGAAUUUACUUCUGAAAAUUCAAAAGCUGAUAUACUUGUAGACAUUGUAAAUUCAAGCAUACCUAUUCAAAAUGCUGAAAAGUUUUAUGGCUUGUAUGGUCGUUUACCACGCCAAUGCUGGAGCACUGAUUCGCAGUAUAUAUUCUUGAGUACAACACAACAGAAUAAUAUACGUUCUUACAUCAUUAAUAGAAAAACGAAAACUAUAACUGAGAUCCAAAAUGAUAAAAGCAGUCUUGUUAUUUUGGAUGUAAAAGAUGAUAUUAUUGCAUUUUCGGAAACAUCUCUUUUAGAGCCACCUAUGCUUACAGUAGGAAGAUUUGACUCAGAAACAAUUAGUAAUGGUCGCAUUAAAAGGAAUAAAAUUUCUAUACCCGAAAAAAUUCCUGGAAGUGAAAAUUUAAUGUAUGAGCCUUCUGAAUAUGAUUACAAUAAUGAUGAAGAAAUAAAACACUUCAACUUCAUUUAUUUUGGACCAAAAAGUGGAAAUGACAAAUCUGUACCUUUAAUAAUCAUACCACAUGGUGGACCUCAUUCUAACUAUGCAAAUUUGUUUGUACUUGAUUAUUUCUUGCUUGUUUUAUCAGGUUUCGCUGUGGUACAAGUUAACUAUCGUGGUUCUACCGGAAUGGGAUCAAAGAAUGUUGAAUACCUUCAAGGAAAAGUUGGGGAUGUCGAUGUAAAGGACUGUGUGACUGCUACAGAAGAAGCUUUACGAAAAUACUCAUGGUUAAAUCCAAACAAAUUAGGAAUUAUUGGUGGUUCACAUGGAGGAUUUUUAGUUACUCAUUUAAGUGGUCAAUAUCCAGACUUAUAUAAAGCUGUUGUUGCAAGAAAUCCUGUAAUCGACAUUGCUGCUAUGUUCACUAUAUCAGAUAUUCCAGACUGGUGUGCUGCUGAAAUCAAUUAUGCCUUUGAUGAAAGUGCACCAAUAUCGGAAUCGGAUCGAAUUGAAAUGUUUGUGAAGAUGUUUAAGUGUUCCCCGAUUAUUCACGUUAAUAGUGUGAAAGCUCCAACCUUGUUAUGUAUAGGUUCGAACGAUUUACGAGUACCCCCGUCUCAAGGAAAACUGUGGUUUCAACGCCUUAAAGCGAAUGAUGUUAAAACAAAGAUGCUAGUUUAUAACGAUAAUCAUUCUUUAGCAUCAGGAAGUGCUGAAAUUGAUAACGCUAUCAACGCUUGUUUAUGGUUACACGAACAUGUUGGAGUAUAAAUGGAAAAAAAAUAAUGAAUAAUUUUGUAACUGAAUACGUGUUAAUUAACCAAUGAACACUUUAAAAAUAAUUGAAAGACAAUCUUGUAUAAAUAUUAUAUUUAUUAAAUACUGUAUUUUUUCAACAUUAAAAGCGACUUAUAAACUA